AUAAACACCAAAGAAGAAGAAGAAGAAGAAGAAGGGGAGGGCGGAACAAGGAAUCAGGAAUCAGCUGUCAGAAAAGUAGCUGAAGUGCGAGCAAACGCAUCAGAAAGAGAGAUGUUCAGAGCUUGUGUACAACAGCACUGACUGGUUGCCUGCCUGUGAGCUCUGACUGAACACACCCGUGAAGAUGCCUGCAGUUUCCACUGAGGUCAAAGAGCUGUAUCUGUCCUCAUCUCUGGGCGAGCUCAAUAAAAAGGCGGAAAUUAAGCCAGACAAAACGAGCACCAGAAGCUAUGUUCAGAGUGCCUGCAAAAUCUUCAAGGCGGCAGAGGAGUGUCGUCUGGACAGAGAUGAGGAGAAAGCUUAUGUAUUGUACAUGAAGUAUUUAACAGUACAUGACAUCAUCAAGAAAAGACCAGACUUCAAGCAGCAACUGGAGUAUUAUUUGACCAUGCUUGGGCCAAACAGCUUUAAGAAAGCCAUUGAAGAAGCAGAGAAGCUCUCUGAAAGCCUUAAACUCAGGUAUGAGGAAGUUGAGGUUCGAAAAAAACUUGAGGAGAAGGAGAGACAAGAGGAGAAGAAAAGGAGGGAGGAAAUAACAGAGAAAGAUGCUGGUCGAAGCUCUCCGAAAGUGUCCUCAGCAAACAAGAAGGACAGCAAAAAGGUAAAAGGAGAGCAGAAUGAACUCAAGAAUGCAACCUCAAAAGCUGUGGUGCCAGCUGGUGGGAUCUGUGCAGAGAAGCUUUUCAAAAUGAUGAAGGACCAGACAAUUACAAUAAUUGUCAUGGAUGCCCGGAGCCAAAAUGACUUUGAGGAGUCUCACAUUCAGGUCCCAGGACAGACCUGCGUCAGCGUGCCUGAGGAGGCUAUUAGCCCAGGAAUCACUGUGAAUCAGAUUGAGAUGAAGCUGCCAGAGGUGUCAAAAGACCAUUGGAGGCAGCGGGGAUUCGUGGAUUAUAUUGUCCUGUUGGACUGGUUCAGUUCUGUCACUGACCUUAAACUGGGCACCACCCUGGGGAGCCUCAAAGAUGCCCUCUUUAAGUGGGACAGCAUCACCAUCCUGCGUAGUGAGCCGCUGGUGUUGGAGGGAGGCUACGAGAACUGGCUGUUGUUUUACCCCAUGUACACAACCAACGCUAAAGUUCGCCCCCCUAGACAGAAUCUCAUCAGCUCCCUCCCGCAGUUGAACUUUAGCUAUCCAUCCCUAGAGGAACCAAAGCCUCCAACCCCACCUCAACCAGAGCCUCAGGUUUCACCCGAGGCUCAGGAACCCUCAGUUCCUGUGCUGGUGAACGGGGUUGCACCAGCAGAACCCCCCACAUCUAAAACCUCCAUAGUUGCUGACAAGCUGCCAGACGCUGUUGAUUCCCCCGUCACCGGCCCCACUAAUUCUGGGCAAGACCUCAGUCAGAAGGCCAGCCAGUCACCUGCAACAGCCAAGGCUUUCCCACAGUUCGACCGCACCAAGAAACCCUCUGUCCGGGUGACGAACGAGCCGAAGCCCAGUCAGAACGGGUCAGCCAAGGACUCCACGCAGAACGGCCCAUUUGUCCCUGACCGCUCAGUCAAACCACCCCUCACCUCUAGCUCUUCUCUGUCUAAAGAAGAGCAAAGCCAGAUACACUCUGAGGCGGUGGCAGUGAUGGAGAAGGCGAAGCAAGAGCAAGAGAAACGCAACCAGGAGCGGCGUGCAGAGGAGGGGAAACGGGAAAAGGAACAGAAGGAAAGGCUAGAAAAGGAUCAAAGUGAGAAGAGGAAGAAGGAUGACGAAGAAAAUGGACCUCAGGAGAAAAAGAAACUGGAGAGGCAGAAGGCAGAAGAAGAGGAAGAUAAAGAGAACAGGGUGUGGGAUGAGAGAGAGAGGAGGGGAAAGGAUCAGACCUCUGAAGCUCCCUCGAAGAGUAUGUCUCUGGACUCGCCUGCUCCCAACCAUAUUGUCAGUGAGAUUAAGAGGGAGCCCCUGACCCGGGCAAGGAGUGAGGAGAUGGGUCGGAGUGUGCCAGGCCUUCCAGUCGGUUGGAUGAAGUUCCUUGACACUGUGACUGGGACCUACCGAUACUACCAUUCUCCAACCAACCGUGUCCACCUGUACCCUCCUGAGGUCACUGUUCCCCAGACUCCACCCUCUACACCGCCAACCGCUAAACAGAAACCACCACGACCAGCUGAGCCUGACACCAACCAUGAACGAGAGCGGGAACAGUCAAAGCUGAAACGCUCCUACUCCUCCCCUGAUAUCAGCCAAGAACUGAGAGAAGAGGCCCAGAAGAAGACCAUUGCUGCGACCACUGCUGCUGUCACACCCACCAUCAACAGAGAGACCAAACCUUCCAGUACUAAAGUUUAUUCUGAAGUGGAGAUCGUGCGGCCAUCAGCUGCCAAAAUUCGCAACCUGAACCCAACAUUUGGAGGUCUGGGUGCAUCACUGACUGGCCUUCGUAACAUGGGCAACACAUGCUACAUGAACUCCAUCUUGCAGUGUCUGUGUAACACUCCUGCCAUGGCUGAGUACUUCAACAAGAAUUUCUACUUGGAGGACAUCAACAGGUACAACAUCCUCGGCCAUAAAGGGGAGGUGGCAGAGGAGUUUGGUGUGAUUAUGAAGGCCCUGUGGGCCGGUCUGUACAAGUGCAUCAGUCCACGGGACUUCAAGAUCACCAUAGGCAAGAUCAAUGACCAGUUUGCUGGCUAUGACCAGCAGGACUCCCAGGAGCUGCUGCUGUUCCUCAUGGAUGGGCUCCAUGAGGACCUCAAUAAGGCGGACAACAGGAAGCGGUACAAGGAGGAGGAAAACGACCAUCUGGAUGAUCAGACGGCAGCCGACUUGGCCUGGAGUAAACACAAGCUGCUGAACGAGUCUAUCAUUGUAGCUCUGUUCCAGGGGCAGUUCAAGUCCACUGUGCAGUGUCUGACCUGCCAUCGCAAGUCACGGACAUUUGAGACCUUUAUGUACCUGUCACUGCCUCUGGCCUCCACCAGCAAGUGCUCCCUGCAGGACUGUCUGAGGCUGUUCUCCAAGGAAGAGAAGCUGACCGACAACAACAAGGUGUUCUGCAGACACUGCAAAGCCCACAGAGACUCCACCAAGAAACUGGAGAUCUGGAAGGUCCCACCUAUUCUCCUGGUGCACUUAAAACGGUUCUCCUAUGAGGGUAGAUGGAAGCAAAAGCUGCAGACGUCUGUAGAUUUCCCUCUAGAUUGUCUGGACCUGGCCCAGUAUGUCAUUGGACCCAAACAGAGCCUGAAGAGAUACAACCUUUUUGGACUUUCUAACCACUAUGGGGGUUUAGAUGGCGGCCAUUACACAGCCUACUGUAAGAACGCCCGCAAACAGCGAUGGUACAAGUUUGAUGACCACGAAGUGACAGAAAUCUCUGCCUCCUCGGUCAAAUCCUCUGCAGCCUACAUCCUGUUUUACUCCAGCCUGUGAUGGAGCCGAUGGACUCAAAGAGAAAACACUACAGCAGAGCAGCAACGCUCAAGCCUAGAGGUUGUUUUUUUUUCCUUUUUAAAAUCACAGCUCUGAGGACCUGGUGCACCUAGUCACGGGUUAACUAGUCUCGUAUGUGCACGCGAGGGCGCACUCGAGCGAGUGUCGGCAAAGAGCUCCCGUCUGCCGCAGAUCGGAGAAAGGUGCAGGCACACUGUGCAAUGCUUCAGCUACUAGAGGACCCUAUACCUGUUAAAACUGUUCAUAUUACUGAUCAUCUAGUGACUAAACAGACCUUUUACUCUGACUUGUUGAUGGUGGCGUUGUAGGGCGGACAGCUGGUUCAGAUGCUCUUCACUCUCAUUUCUGUCGCACUCUGUGGAUGGCCAUAUCGCAGAACUGAUCAGCUUUCUUGUACUGUGGGUUAACAGUUAGACGGCAUGUACAUACUUACCAAUGCUGAUGUUGCACAUACAGAAAUGUAAAUACUGGAGGGUGAGGUGUUAAUCUGUUAAGUGACCAAAUUAUUAUUAUUUUUCUUUUUCUUGAAAGUAGCAGCCAUCAUAGUAUCACCAUAUUCAUAAAGACAAACUGUGUGAUUUAGGGGUUUAACUUGAUAGCCUUCUGGUGUUUAACAUGAUCUUAAAGGGGAUGGAAGAAACUGUGAGUAUUGGCAUUCUUCUAAACAGAGGAGGGGAAUUGUGAUUGUUGCUUGUUCAUAUUAGCCACAUUGUUGCACUUACACAAUAUGCAAUCAGUUUAAGUUGUUUAUGAGGAUCACGUUGUUUAACAGCAGACAAUAAUACUCGACACAGAAUGCUUUAAAAUGAUGCUCAGAGCUUGUCUGUCUUGCUCGGUCCAGGCAGUGACAGAACCUGCUUCUAUAAAGUUUGUUGUAGAAUUUAUUCUCUGUUAAACAUACUUAACUUUUUACAUUAUUAUAUUUAAACAAAUUACUUAGAGGAAAAAUUACUGGGAUAACUUUUUCGGCUUAUACCAGUUACUGCUGGUUUCACGGAGGCUGGAGUUUAUCUGAUUCAUUUUAUUUCUGUGCUCAGUACUGACCCGAGAGAAUAUGAAGACAUGAGGAAUUGACCUUAUUCACUUAGGCGAGUGCGUUAGCAUCAACAUUUGCUGCCUGAUUAACUGACCGACUGACUGAUGAGAGAAAGCACAAAGUAUACUAUGUUUCUUCUGAAAGGACCAGAGAUCUGAGGUGGCAGGUUUCGACUUCCUGAGUAAAGUGUUAUUGCCUGGCAUGAGAUCAUAAUCUGUUUUUCUUUUUACUUGUACAUGUUGAUUUUAUUUCUUAAUGCUCUUAAAAACAAUUUGUUUCAGAUAUAACGAUUAUAUUAACCUCAAACAACUCAUAUGACUAUUUAUUAAAACUGCUUCAAAUUA